AUGGCACCCUCAGAACCAAUUCACGCUCGACCGACGGCUGAAUCUUCGAGCGGCAUUGGGAACAGCUUCAGGUCGCAAUUGGAAUCCUUCAGCGUCGGAUCGCCCAUCGCCGAAGCUGCCAUUCAGCGGGAUCUCGAAGAGGGUGGCGAUGACGCCUAUCCUAGCUCUGACGACGAUGACGAAAGUUCUUCGGGAUCAUCCACAGUGCAUCCUUCAGAGUAUUCCAUGAGAGACGCCUACCGGAGACCAAGCUAUGUGAAUCCUGGGUUUCGGUCUGCUGUCAUCGCUUCACAAUCAGUCCCGGAGCACAGCUACCUGACGAAACGAGAGCGACAACAAAUCCGGGAGGAAGAGAGGAGUUUGCUACGAGACAACCUACUUCUUCCACCAAAGCAUCCGCGGCGAGAAAGCGAGAGUGGCCUGCCUGCGCGUUUGGGCAAGCGACUGUCGAUCGCAGGGCUGAGAAAGGUGCGAAGUGCAGCAGAUGAAGAAUCAGCCAUCGAAAGAGAUGAUGAGCCAUCAGAGCAUUCAGCACUAUUGGGAGCGGACCCUACUAAGCCCUAUGGAGGAGAAGACACUCCAGAGAACAUCAACAAAAAGUGGGUAGAAGCAGUCGCAGCUGGCAAAAUUCAAACGACCUGGCAACGAGAGUCGAAAACGCUUGCCAGAUAUUCUGCUCCUUUGAUAGUCACAUUCCUCUUGCAGUAUUCGCUCACCGUGGCGAGUAUUUUCACUGUGGGCCACAUUGGCAAGGUGGAACUUGGAGCUGUGAGUCUAGCAAGUAUGACAGCAAAUAUAACCGGCUAUGCCGUCUAUCAGGGCCUUGCUACCUCACUCGACACUCUCUGCGCACAGGCAUACGGCUCGGGCCACAAGAAACUUGUAGGGUUGCAGCUUCAACGCAUGAUCUAUUUUCUCUGGGUAAUUACAAUUCCCAUUGGCGUUAUCUGGCUAAGUGGAACCGCUAUCCUCUCCGCCAUUGUCCCAGAGAAGGAAACUGCAAGGCUCGCCGGAAUCUACCUAAAGAUCCUUCUCGCUGGGGCCCCUGGAUACGCAGCUUUCGAGAGCGGCAAACGCUUCCUCCAGGCCCAAGGCCUCUUCACUGCAAAUCUGUACGUGCUGCUGAUAUGCGCACCGCUCAACGCCCUAAUGAACUACCUCUUCGUCUGGGUCUUCGACUGGGGCUUCAUCGGCGCCCCAAUCGCAGUCGCUGUGACCGAGAACCUCCUUCCCCUCUGCCUGUUCCUCUACGUUCGCUUCAUCGACGGCAUGGAGUGCUGGGGCGGCUUCGAGAAGCGCGCCCUGCGCAACUGGGGCCCGAUGAUCAAGCUCGCACUGCCAGGCCUCGUCAUGGUACUCGCAGAAUUCCUCGCCUUCGAGAUCCUCACCCUGAGCGCCAGCUGGAUCGGGACGACCGCGCUCGCAGCACAAAGCGUGCUGAGUACGGUCACAGCUAUCACGUUCCAGAUCCCGUUCCCGAUGAGCAUUGCGGCUUCUACACGCAUUGCGAAUCUCAUCGGUGCCACGCUCUCCGACGCUGCUAAGACACAUAGCCGUGUUGCGCUCUGUGGAGCUGUUCUUAUCGGAAUCUUUAAUGUUACCCUCCUCAGCACACUGCGCAAGUACAUUGCUGUCCUCUUCACCAACGAUCCAGACGUUGUAGAAGUUGUUGCGUCGCUUUUGCCCCUGUGUGCGGCGUUCCAGCUCUUCGACGCGCUGGCGACGACGUGCAACGGUAUCUUGCGUGGAUUGGGUAGACAAGAGGUGGGCGGCUACGUGAGUAUCUUCGCGUACUACUGCAUCGCCAUGCCGAUAUCGUUUGGGACGGGUUUCGGGCUUGGGUGGGGCUUGUAUGGGCUUUGGGCUGGUCCUGCAAUUGCAUUGGGUAUUGUGGCGGCAAUUGAGGGCACGUUUAUUUAUAGAACGAGUUGGCAGCGGGCGGUUGAUGAGGCGCACAAGAGGAACACGAUGGGUUGA